GCCAGGCUGCAGGACAGAUGUAUACGUAUCCCGCUCGCUGCUGGAGAAAGAAGCGGCGACUCCACCCUCCGCUGGAUCCCCAGCUCCGACUGUGCGAGCUUCGAUUAGAAGCAGAGCUGGCCCCCAAACGUGAGGGGCCACCAGGAGAGGCGACAGCCUUGGAGGCCCUCCUGAAGGCAGACAGUCUGCUGGAGAAUAAAAAGAACAACAUCAAUAAGGAAGAGGAGACUCUGCUGGAAAUUCAGCGAGUGCUGGARGCAGAGGAAAACGGGGACAGUUUCCACGAUGACGACGAAUUCGAAGUUGAUACGCCAAAGAAAAAGAACAAGAACAGAGGAAAAAACAGAGGCUCGACCCGGAGAAGGACAGAGACUGUUAAUGUUGAUGACCAGGAUAAACCUUACGUCUGUGACAAUAGAUACAAACAAAAGCAUAACUCAAAAAAGGCUGAAGAAGUCUGUGGGAAGCGCUACAAGAACCGCCCCGGCCUGAGCUACCAUUACACCCACACUCACCUGGCUGAGGAAGAGGGCGAGGAGGAGAAAGAAACAGAGAUGCUUCCGCCUUCUCCACCAGCUUCAGACAACCACAAACCUCAAAAGGGCUCGGAUGGUGCGGUUAUUCCCAACGACUACUGUGACUUCUGCCUGGGAGACCAGGACUCGAACAGGAAAACGGGACAGGCAGAGGAGCUGGUGUCCUGCUCUGACUGUGGACGUUCUGGACCAGCUGCUGUUCUGUGACGACUGUGACAGAGGAUAUCAUAUGUACUGCCUGAAGCCUCCAAUGACCCAGCCUCCUGAAGGCAGCUGGAGCUGUCACUUGUGUCUGGACCUGUUAAAGGACAAAGCUUCAGCUUACACUGAAGCAUAACAGCAUCUGCGCUCACACAUAUACGGACAGUUUGGAAAAUCGCUCAGAAACACAGACGAUUCUUUACGACGCCCACGUGGACACAUUCCAUAGGCUCAGGGUGGUUUCCUGUUCGAAGAGAUCCUCUACCUCUCAGACAGCCAAGCAACACUCACCAGAUGCAAACAGCACGCAGGUCUGCCGGUCAGCCAUUUCUCUACCUCACCCCCACCCACCCCCACCAGUGGACGGYAAGACGCCAAAGCAAGAGAGAGAAAAAAAGGCAAGCGUGCUUUUGUUUUAAGCCAAACAUGUCCGACUCUCCGCAUGUUUUCCAUCCYGAUUGAGAUUUAUUUUGGUGAUAGAUAUUUGGAAGGCACUGGUUCAAGCUGGAUCACUUU